AUGGCGAAAAGCAUGCGUUCGAAGUUCAAGAGGAAAAUGCGUGGCAUAAGGCGCAAGAGGUUGGCUGUUCGAGAAUUGAAGAAGUUGGAGGCUACGGUGUCCAAGUUGAAUGCUAAUGAAGGUAUUAUUUUUUCCUAUGCACUGAACUCGGCUCUUGUUCUUUGUCGUAUGGACUUUGUGUUUUGUGUUAUGCUUGCUAACCGGUAUCUGUUCAGCUAUGGAAGUAGUCAGGCAAGAUCUCCUCAUAUUUUUGCGAUGACUAUGGUAAACAGUUCUGUCAUUGAAAUCUUGGUGCGUUUCAAAGUGGCUGUUGUAUUUUGUAUGGAUACUGGAAAGGUUGGGAAUAUCAACUUAAAAACUAUGCAGAAGAAGGAUGGAUCGUAUCCGGUGUGGGUCAGUCGAAGAAAAAUCCGAAAGAUGAAGAAAAUUCGGAAAAUUACGGCUAUUGCGAAAAGUAGAAACAGGAGAAGGAAGCACUGA